GAUACGCGCGCGAGGCCGGGGAACCCCAUACCUGAAGUCCAAGUCCAGUCCAGGCGAGUGUGCUCGCUUGUCUCGACGGUCGCCGUCCUAGAUCUGAACCCGUCAGGCGGCGACCCUUCCUCCUCCUUGCCGCCCUCGCCCUGGUCCACUCCGGCGGCCCCUUCGCCCUCUUUAAACCCCAGCACCUCAAUCACGUCUUCACUCCACCGCCCGCGAAAUCCAGGCCCUAGCGCGACUUCGCCAUGGCCGCAGCACUCCUCCUCCUGGUGCCGCCCGUCGGCCUCCUCGCCGCGCUCGCCUUCCUGACCCGUCCCCGGGCCGCGCGAAUCCCGCUCAAGGGCCGCCACGUCUUCAUCACCGGCGGGUCCAGCGGCAUCGGGCUCGCCCUCGCCACGGCCGCCGCGCGGGAGGGCGCGCGGGUCUCCAUCCUCGCGCGCAACGCCGCCCGCCUCGACGACGCGCGCGCCGCCAUCAGGCUUGCCACGGGACAGGACGUCGGGGUCCACCAGGCCGACGUGCGGGAUGCCGCCGCCGUGGCACGCGCACUUGACGAGGCCGGGCCUGUCGACGUGCUCGUCUGCAACCACGGCGUGUUCGUGCCGCAGGAGCUGGAGAAGCAGGACAUGGAGGAGGUCAAGUGGAUGGUGGACAUCAACCUCAUGGGGACCUUCCACCUCAUCAAGGCCGCGCUCCCUGCCAUGAAGGCACGCACCCGCGAGACCAGUCUCCCGGCGUCCAUUGCCAUCAUGUCAUCGCAGGCUGGUCAGGUUGGUGUUUAUGGGUAUACUGCUUACUCCGCGAGCAAGUUCGCACUAACUGGACUUGCAGAGUCGCUGCAGCAUGAGGUUGUUUCGGACGACAUUCAUGUGUCGCUGAUCUUCCCUCCUGACACAGAGACACCGGGUCUUGUCGAGGAGAAGAAAAAGAGGCCAGAGCUUACCACUAUCAUAGCAGAUUCAUCUGGUGGAAUGAAGGCUGAUGAUGUUGCUAUGAAGGCUCUAAACGGCAUCAAAUCUGGGAGGUUUAUUGUCCCCUGCAAUUUCGAGGGAGCAAUGUUAGCUAUAGCCACUUCUGGUCUAACCCCCCAGAGUUCCCCGUUAAUUGCAUUCGUGGAGGUGAUCGGUGCUGGACUGAUGCGAUUUGUAGCACUAUGUUUCCAGUGGAAUUGGUUCUCUACUAUUGAGAACUGGUAUGCCAAGAACAAGAAACAUGGGUGAAAGCCCAAACUAGCCCUGGGAUUCCCAGAUUUUCAUAGGACUUUAUACAACCAAUAAUGUUCAUUCUUAUCCCUGGACUGAAUGUAUAUCCCGGUUGUACUUUGGGAUACAAAAAUGUAUAUUUGGGUUAUUAUUUUUUACCAGAUAUACUUAGCACGUUGUACACUUGUACUGGACAGGAAGUUAAAAAUCCCCUUUUGCCUGUGUUUUAA